AUGCAGUAUCUUUAUGCAGCAUUACCAGAAACUCUUGGACUCUAUCCUGCAGUUGUAGUGGAUGCGAAAAUUUGCCUUUUGGGUGAUGCUUUACCAGAUGGAUACAUUGUGAAAAAAGGAGACAUGGUUGCCUAUCAGCCUUAUGUCAUGGGCAAGAUGAAAUUCAUAUGGGGUGAAGAUGCAAGGGAGUUCUGGCCUGAAAGAUGGUUCAAUGAAGAUGGAGUUUUUCAACAAGAAAGCCCUUCACAGUUCACAGCUUUCCAGGGUGGUCCAAGAAUUUGUCUGGGAAAGGAACUCACAUACCGGCAGAUGAGGAUCUUUGCAGCCUUAGCUGUGACCCUUGCUAUACUCAUCUUCAAAAUCUUUGCAGCAAAGGAGAAACGAUACCGUCCAGUUGUGACUGAGCUUGCUGCCAAGUAUGGAACUUAUAGGUUGCUCAGUCCUUUCAGGAGUGAGGUCUAUACAGCUGACCCUGCAAAUGUUGAAUAUAUCCUCAAAACAAAUUUCCCAAACUAUGGAAAGGGAUGGCAUAACUACAGCAUAUUGAGCGACCUCCUUGGUGAUGGGAUCUUCACUGUGGAUUGUAAGAAGUGGCGCCAUCAGAGGAAAGUGUCGACUUAUGAAUUCUCAGCAAAGGUGUUGAGGGAUGUCAGCAGCAUAGUCUUCAAACGGAAUGCAGUAAAACUUGCACGAAUACUCUCUGAAACUUCAACCACUAAUGAGGCCUUUGAUAUUCUCGAUUUAUUCAUGAAGUCUACCUUGGACUCAAUUUUCAAAGUGGGUUUCGGUGUAGAACUGGAUAGCAUGCCAGGAUCAACUGAGGGGACAAAAUUUCCCAAUGCAUUUGAUGAUUCAAGUGCACUGACUCUAUGGCGUUAUGUUGAUAUUCUCUGGCCCAUCAAGAAGUUUCUGAAUAUUGGAUCUGAAGCAGCAUUAAGGAAAAAUAUUAAAGUGAUUGACAGCUUCAUGUAUAAACUAAUCAGCCAAAGGAUUGAACAGAAUAAGAACUCACCUGGUGAUGCUUCAGGUGAGGGGCUGGUAACCCAUUUAAUCCAGUCCAUUGUAGUGCUGAAUAUAGUGUUUGCAAUCUACCAUAUAUUCAUGGAAGGGCCCUUUUUGUUGAAUAUUGGCAAGUGUUGUAUUCUCAACAGAUUAUAA